GUCGCAAUGCAAUGAGUUAUCACGUUGUUACACCAUCAUGGACAAACAGCUUUGCUUAUAAACCUUAGCUUUUUCCCGUAUUUUUGCCCAGUUUCAAAGUUAAGGAGCUACACCAUAGACCAGAAAGAUGGUGAUUAAACAAGUGCGAACAGUCUCGUUAUGGGACAAGGAAGCAAUUGUGCCAUUGCUUGCUGGGAUUCGUAUUGCAGAAGGCAGUGCAGAGUAUGAUGAAGUUGCAACCCAGUCUAUGGCAUCACCAAGUAAAGAGCACUGUGCGAUCGGUCUACCCAUGUUCCGUCCUAGUGUCCCCAGCGCUGCCUCCGAGUCACAGUGCUCCCUCUGCCAGGUUACGUUUGCGAGCCGUCAGGAGCAAGUCAGUCACUACCGCCUGGACUGGCAUCGUUGCAACCUCCAAAGGUCGUUAGCUGGCAAGCCCCCACUCACCGAGGAACAGUUCAUGCAAGAUAUGAGUGAUGUGUCUAGCUUAUCGGGAUCAGAUGACGAUGAGGAAGAGGAGGGAGUGGAAAGCAGAGAAUCGCCUGAUGAAGAUGUUAGUAAUUCUGUACUGAGGAAACAAGCCAGAAUGUUCUUCUGUAAUGCUGAUGGAAAUGUGAUAUCAGUGUACAGAGCCAUUUUGUUCAACAAAAAGAAAGAAAUGUACGGGGAACAGGAUGUGGUUCAGCGUGUGCUGGCAGCCCCUCGCAAGGUCAACGUUGCAGUUAUUCUCCUUGGUGGAGGGCAUUUUGCAGCCGCUGUGUUCAAAGGCAGUGAGGUAAUCAUCCACAAGACCUUUCACAAUUACACUGUUCGAGCCAAGCAAGGAGGCAGCCAGAGCGCCAAGGAUGGUCAGAGCGGAACCUCGCACCCCAAGUCCAGUGGUGCUUCGCUCAGGAGGUACAAUGAACUGUCACAGCAACAGCACAUCCAAGAGCUGAUGGAAUCUUGGAAAACCCACCUUGAGAAAUGUGACCUCAUUUUCUUCCACGCCAAGAAGCACAACCGCAAAACGCUUUUCAGUGGCAAGAAACCAAUCCUCAAUGCAAAGGAUGAUCGACUGAGGACCAUUCCUUUCCCCACAAAGAGAGCAAAGUUCUCUGAAGUCAAGAGAGUGUAUGGGAUGCUUUUCGAAAUUCUCAUUCAUGGGACUGAGGAUGAAUUUAAGACAAUGGUCAGGGACUCGCUCGUAGGGGAGGUCAAACCUGUCACUAAAAAGAAAAAGGAGGCGAGCCCCAAGAAGGAAGCAAGUCCAAGAAAGGAAGCGAGGAAGCCCAAGAGCGAGAGAAGAAACGAGUUACCAGAACCGUGCUCAUCUUCCAGUGAGUCUCUCGUCGACGAUGAAGACGAGAUGGAGAUGACCACGACCAUGAUGUCCUUCUGCAUGAGGGACAUAGGGGGAGGAAAGGACUGUUCGUUUGACCCAAAGACGCUGAGAGAGUUAGAAAGAAAAGAAAGAGAGCAGCCAAAAAAGUCUAAAGAGCAUUCGAAACACAAAGAAGUAGUUUGGAAUGAGAUAUAUACCUCAUGCAGGACAGGCAACAAGGACCGGCUGGAGAUAGCACUAAAAUUUUCCUCACCUUCAAGUCACAAGGGAAAUGCACAAAACAAAGCACUGAUGAACUCUCUCCAAAAUGUGCAGAUUCCAUCUGAUCUGUCACUCAUCACUUUUGGCAAGAAAGACCGAACUAUGUUGCACAUAGCAGCAGAAAGCGGACACAAAGAUAUGUUGUGGUUUCUGCUAGAACGUGGUUGUGAUCCGGCUGCCUCAGAUAACAAGGGCAGUUUUCCGUUUAAUUUGUCAAAGGAUAAAGAGACGAGAAACACCUUCCGUCGUUUCAUGGCACAGCAUCCUAAGAAGUAUGACUAUAAGCAGGUAAGAUUGAAAACAUUGUAUAUGAUUCUUAUUUAUUUUGAUCUUUUGGCUCAAAGAGAAGAGAAAAAAAGAUUUCUCAAAUUAAGUGACAGAGAGAAGAGAGCUUUGGCAGCUGAGAAGCGAUUCCUGCAACAGCAACAGAACACUGGUGCUGUCCCAAGCACACCAAAGCAACGCUGCUUCAUGUGUGGGAAGGACAUCACAGGCAUGGUGCCCUUCGAGUACAAUGACUAUAAGUUUUGUACAACAAAGUGCGUCCGUGAACAUCGUACAAAACAGUAGAAACUAUAGAUGUGGAAGCAACAUAAGGUUUAGAUAUGAUAAAUGAUGAAUACCAGUUGCUGGAACAAUGAAUUCUCUUGCUCUGUGAUCAUAUUUCUAGGGACAGCGGAUUCUCAUGUUCUGUGGUCAUACUUUAGGGGUCAUAGGGAUGCCCCUGUUCCUCCACCUCCUUGAAGCUCUCAGGUGGUCACAACCAUAAAGUGUUAAGUGUGGUAGGAUCUUCCUAUCCAGUCUGCAUUUUGAAAUGAUAUUGCCUUCUUUUAUUUAUAUUUAUGUACGUAUAUAUUUAUAUUUAUA